UCCUCAACCAAUUCAUCCAUCAGCCAUGCGUUACUUGAUAUUGAUAUGUAGAAUGGUGCACAUUUCUACAUUGUUAAUCUAGUUUCGAUUGAAGACUUGUUAAGGUGAUUUUCAUGAAUUAUAAUCUACCAUAACUGAAUGUGAGUAGUGAGUGAGUAAAAUCGCAAAAAACAAGUUUUUCCUUGAAAAUUGAAAUAAGUCCUUUAGUCAGCUUUGCCAUCAUUAUUAUCAACAUAAUCGUCAACUUAGUUUUUGACUUGUUUCAUCACUAGAAACGUGGAGCAGACCAGCAUUAAACAAUAACGAUUAUCUUAAAGUGUAACUCACGCUAAUUGGUAAUCAAAACUAAAUGAGUAAAAAGAUGGAUAUUAUAUUUCAAUGGUUCAUCUUCAUUCUUAACAUCGUCCUCAACAUCAUCUUGUUAUCUUAAUUUUGCGCUAUCCUUACCUCCUCAAUCUUAUUAUUUUACGGUCAAGCGCCAAAUAAAAGAUUCACUUUACUGUGUGAAAAUUGGAAUGAAAAUAACAACAUUUGUAAUCUAAUAUUCAAUUCAAUUUUCACCCGAGCAAUUGAUAAAUCUCUGCCUCAAAUUAUCUUCAUCAACAAAGUUAGCAACAUCAGUGAUUUCAUCUAAUAAACUUAUUCUGUGCUCCGAAUUGAAAACAAAAGUUGAACACUUAAAAUUAUUUCUGCUAAACGUGGCUGAGUUAAUAGUAUCGGCGGUAUUGAAUCAAAUUAAGAGUCAUCACCAUAAGAGAGAAAGAAUCUCAGUUCAAAAUGAAAUUGGAUAAGUAGCAGUUAUUCUUCAUUCAUAAUAACAAGGCCGAUCAUGUUCCCAUCUGAUUGUUUCUAUUCUCUUUUAUCAACACUUCCUUCAUCAAAUUUAUCUCGCAACUUCUCAACAUCUAACUUGAUCACAGGUUCGUACAAUGGUUCAAACAACACAAACCAUAUGAAUUGGAGUGCAAAUUCAUCACUAACAACAACCUCAAGUUCAAUUGCAAACUCAUAUAGAUCAAUGUAUAAAGUUAACCUUUCAAUUAUCCUUACAUCGGCAUUAGCUUCCACUAUGUCACCAAAUGAAUUAAUGCCCUUUAAUUGCAAUGCAACAACAUUAACAACUACUUCAACACCUUUGGGGGCAAUCAGCGUACCUUUAUCUCCUUCAAACACUGUUUUCUCCGAUUGGAACUUAUUGCCAUCAUCCGUAUCACCUUCUCCAUCUUUUAUUUCCUCAACAGUUUUUUCAUCUUCAUUACCAUCACCCUCUCCAACAAGCUCUUUGGAAUUAUCUGGUAAUGAAAUAAUUAGCCCACAAUUCCCGUAUUAUAUGAGAACUUCUGCGACAUUAUUUUGUGCUCUUAUUCUGAUACUUGGUACCACUGGAAAUAUUCUUGUUCCAAUUGUUGUCUGUCGAACAAAAGAGCUUCGAAAUUCAACAAAUAUAUUUCUCAUAAAUUUGAGUUUAGCAGAUCUCUUUGUACUAAUUGUUUGUAUGCCAACAGUUUUAAUUGAACUUCAUUCCAAGCCUGAAAUAUGGCUUCUAGGACAGGAAAUGUGUAAAGCUGUUCCUUUCGUUGAAAUGGUAGUUGCUCAUGGAUCCAUUUUAACGAUGAUGGCCAUUAGUUUUGAGCGUUAUUAUGCCAUUUGCAAGCCAUUAAAAGCCGGUUACAAAUGCACUCGAUUAAGAGCAGUGAUAAUUAUCUUGUCAGUUUGGGCAAUCGCAAUCAUCUCAACAAUUCCGAUUCUUUGGAUAGCUGAAUUGUCUCAUGAAACGUACAUUGAUGGAAGUUUGGUUCCUGUCUGUUUGACCCAAGCCAACAAAUUGUGGCACAAAUUAUACUUCAUUGGUACCAUGAUUGCUUUCUUUUGGUCCCCUUUACUUAUACUGAUCAUCAUUUAUAUCGUGAUAACGAAAAGACUUUUUCUCAACGAUGAAAAUAUCCGAACCUCAACCAACCAUGGGAAUCAUGAAUGUGGUCAAAUGAGAGCGCGAAGACAAGUUGUUUAUAUGUUGGCCACAGUAAUUGCGUGUUUCUUCAUCUGUCUUCUUCCAUUCAGAUUAUUCACCUUAUGGUUGCUUCUGUCUUCCACAGAUCAGGUCAAGUCACUCGGAAUGGAAUUAUAUUACACGACGUUAUAUUUUUGUAGGAUCAUGUUAUAUCUCAAUUCAGCAUUGAACCCCAUUCUGUACAAUUUAAUUUCAUCCAAGUUUCGUGAUGCAUUCCUUGCAGCAGUUUGUUGUCAAAAAACAAAACGAUUGCUUCUCAGACAGAAUACAUUUAAUACAACAACAAGUUCCAUGUUGAUGAGUUCACUCAAGAAUGCUCAAUCACCAAUGUUGAAUAAUCGAAAAGAGCAAAAUAUUAAAGAAAAGACAAAGAAAGUGGAACCCGAUUUAUUGGUCAAAGACUGUCCAAUUGACUUAAUUUUUCAAAAUUUGAAAAAGUCUUCUGCUGAAAGUUAUGUAUAAUGAAAAGUUAUGUUUCAAAUGUUUAAAUAGCAUCAAAAAUAAAAUAUCAUUCAUGACAACAUUUGGUGACGAGUUUUCAGUAUUUCAAUUGCAUCUCGAGCAAGAAAUUACAUACAGUAGUCAUUAGACUUAAGUUAACAAAAGCCGAUAUUUUUUUCAUACACUGGUAGCUGCACUUAACGCAACAAAUUGGGGUUUCACUUAACGCAAUUUUUAGGUGUCGCCAUCUUUGGUAUUUUAUUGUUUUAGAGACUUUAAUAUGUAAUUAAUGCUCGACCUUGAAGAUAAUUGUAUGAUCUAAUAGAUGGCGACUAUGGUAAAAAUUGACCCAUUUGUUGCGUUAACUGCAGCUACCAGUGUAGUCGCCAUCU